UAAAGAGAGACAUAAAGGGAAACUUUAAGGAGAAGGACUCUCACUCUAGAUUUGAAUGAUCAGGAAGCAAAUGGCUGUGUAAUGGGAAGAAAGAAAAGGACCUAAUGGGCAUUUGUUGUUUUUGACGGUGAGAAAAGAUGGCGAGUUCCUGCUGACUGAGGGAUUCAUCAGUUGAGGUGGGCUGGAGGUUACUUCCUUUGGGCACAGACCCCUUCACUGCCGGAGCGGAGUCCGACGGCCGCGCUCCCUCUCAAGAUACAGGACAUUCGCACUUUCCCAUCCCAGGGUCAGAAUGCUGCCCCUCGGUCACGCUCUGGCUGUAGCAGUUGUCCAGAUCUUCAUCUUCUCGGAAAAUCGAGCACUGGCCAAGAAUAUCAACUUCUAUAACGUGAGGCCUCCUCUUGACCCUACACCCUUUCCAAACAGCUUCAAGUGUUUUACCUGUGAAAAUGCAGGAGAUAAUUAUAACUGCAAUCGAUGGGCAGAAGACAAAUGGUGUCCACAAAAUACACAAUACUGUUUGACAGUUCAUCACUUUACCAGUCAUGGAAGAAGUACAUCAAUCACCAAAAAGUGCGCCUCCAGAAGCGAAUGUCAUUUUGUUGGCUGCCACCAUAGCCGAGAUUCUGAACACACAGAGUGCAGGUCUUGCUGUGAAGGAAUGAUCUGCAAUGUGGAACUACCCACCAACCACACUAACGCGGUCUUCGCUGUAAUGCACGCUCAGAGAACGUCUGGGAGCAGCGCCCACACUCUCUACCUGCCAGCACUUGCCUGGGUCUUCAUGCUUCCAUUGAUGUGAUGCCAUUAUUUCCAGGAAGGGCAGAGACCAGCCCUCUGAAGCACAAACUGAAAACUGUGUAAACAGUGAACUCUUGAGCAAAGACAAAUUUUGCAUUUGGUGAGGAGUACAGUUGUUUGCUUAGCUAACUAAAAUGCUCUUGCAUGAGGCCAUGGGAUUGAGGAAGGGAAUGUGGCCCGGACUGAGGGCAUUAUCUGGCUUCCAGGCUUCCUGGUCAAAAAGGCUGCAUUACGUCACUUUUGCAGGGAGGAUCCUGCCAGCAUCUACAAUGGGCAGGUUGUGGUAGUUGAUAUUGUCCCUGCCUGACUGGUCCUUUAGCUGAAAGGGCUCCUUGACCUCACUGACUCCUGCAGAGGCUGCUGGCUCAGAUCCUCUUAUUCUGGGAUUAGCUCAGAGUGUCUGUAGGAAAUCUAAACCUUCCCCUGAUGAGAAAGCAAUUUCCCUGACAAUGUGUAGUCAAUGGGAAAGGCAAGUAAAGGAGGAAAACGUCCUGUUGAAUGACUAUAAAACUCAUUUGUUAAUUGUGUGUUGGGAGGGGAAUAAAGCUUUUAAGUUAUA